AUGUUUCACUGGUAUAAUGACCAAAAGAAAAACAAUAUCAAAGCUACUCAGGCUUGGGCAGCUUGUUGGCCCACUAAACCCAAUUCUCCAUCUCAUUCACAAGCAGAACAUAGCCCCAUAAUUGAUGCUGAACAUGAAGGCUCAAGUGCACAUGAUGUGGGGUCACAUAGUGUAGCACAUGUCCCAAUAGAAAUUGAUUUGGACAAGGACUCAGGGUCUGACUGUGGAUACCUGGGUGGUGUCAAUGCAGAUUACUCAGGCAGUGAUUUGGAAUAUGAACCAGAUACAUCAGAGAGUGAAUGGUCUGAUGAUGAAAGCCUUUGUGAAUUUGGGGGUGAUGAUUUGAAAGAAAACUUGGCUGCUCUCAGAGCCAAGGCUGAAAGUCUCCAUGAUCACCCAAUGGCUGUUCCCAUGUUUGAGAAGAAGACAGCAGUAGAAUGGGAGAAGCCCCAGAAUUUGAACUUAGUAUCUGACUUCAAGUUACUACCUGCUGCGAGUCAUGGAUUGUGUUACCUCUCUGAUGAGUCCAAUGAUGGGACAGAAUCUGAUGGUGAUGAUAGUGAUGGUGAUAGUAGUGGUCUUGCUGCAUGCCAAAAUGAUCAGCCAGCUGUUCCACCAUUGAAAUGGUGCAAGCUUGAUGUGCCCCACCAUGAGCAGAGAAGGCUGGCAAAGGAAACUCAACUUGAGGAGAUGAAGAAGGCAUUGGCUUCAAUAGAAAAGCUUUUGAAGGUGAAAAAAGCAUUGUUUGUUGGAGGUCCAAAUGGGUUGCAGGCAAAACAUGCACGCUCAAUCCAGAGUUACCUCACAAUGGUCAUCAAGAAGAAAUGUCUCUCCAUUGAUGUGUCACAGAGGGCAGCAGAAAGUCAUGGAUUUGCUGCAAACUGGGGUGGCCACCAAGUGUGCAGCUGGACCAGGCUGUGGGUGGCAGAUCACAGACUCCCUGAAUCUUUACAAGGUCAACAUGCAAAGGUGUACUCCCUUCUUGGUGAUCCCACCAUUGCCACUGAGCUGCGCACAUAUGCCCACUCAAAAAAAUGGGUCAUAAAUCCAGAAAAGCUCAUUCAACUCUCACAAGAUAGGCUUAUCCCUGCUGAGGCCACAAAAUAUGCACAAAAACUUGUUGAGGAGGAGAUGCCCCAUGGUCUGAAAAAGUAUAUGGAGCUUGAAAUAUUCCCCAUAUCCAUCUGA